UUGGGGUGGACGGCGGCCAGGGUCGCCGCGUCCAGCUCGGUGCCACGCCCCAGCCGGUGCUGCGGGAGCCUCAGCCAUGCUGUUCUGGCACACGCAGCCCGAACACUACAACCAGCACAACUCUGGCAGCUACUUGCGUGAUGUGCUGGCCCUGCCCAUCUUCAAGCAGGAAGAGCCACAGCUGUCUCCUGAGAAUGGGGCCCGCUUGCCACCCCUACAGUACGUGCUGUGUGCCGCCACCUCUCCAGCGGUGAAGCUACAUGAGGAGACCUUGACGUACCUCAAUCAAGGUCAGUCCUAUGAAAUCCGGCUGCUGGAGAAUCGGAAGCUAGGAGACUUCCAAGAUCUGAACACGAAAUAUGUGAAGAGUAUCAUCCGAGUUGUUUUUCAUGACCGCCGGCUGCAGUACACAGAGUACCAGCAGUUGGAGGGUUGGCGGUGGAGUCGGCCUGGGGACCGCAUCCUGGACAUUGAUAUUCCACUGUCUGUUGGUAUCUUGGACCCCAGGGCCAGCCCAACCCAACUGAAUGCCGUGGAGUUUUUGUGGGAUCCCUCCAAGAGAGCAUCUGCAUUCAUUCAGGUGCACUGUAUCAGCACGGAAUUCACCCCCAGGAAGCAUGGGGGUGAGAAGGGGGUGCCUUUUCGGGUGCAGAUUGACACUUUCAAGCAGAAUGAGAAUGGGGAAUACACGGAGCACCUACACUCCGCCAGCUGCCAGAUCAAGGUCUUCAAGCCCAAGGGAGCUGAUCGGAAACAGAAGACCGACCGGGAAAAGAUGGAAAAGAGGACCGCUCAGGAGAAGGAGAAGUACCAGCCCUCCUAUGAGACCACCAUCCUCACUGAGUGCUCUCCGUGGCCUGACGUACCCUACCAAGUGAACAGCACCCCGUCCCCAAGCUACAAUGGCUCUCCCAACAGCUUUGGCCUCCGUGAAGGUAACAGCUCACCUAAUCACCCAGUGGAGCCCUUACCUCUGGGGAGUGAUCAACUGCUCCCAUCAGCCUCUAUCCAGGAUGCCCAGCAGUGGCUGCACCGCAACCGCUUCUCACAGUUCUGCUGGCUCUUUGCCAGCUUCUCAGGUGCUGACCUCCUGAAAAUGUCCAGAGAUGAUUUGGUUCAGGUCUGUGGCCCUGCAGAUGGGAUUCGGCUCUUCAAUGCCAUCAAAGGCAGGAAUGUGAGGCCGAAGAUGACCAUCUAUGUCUGUCAGGAGCUGGAGCAGAACCAAGUACCCCUGCCACAGAAGCAGGAUGACAAUGGGGACAACAGCCUGUGUGUGUACCAUGCUAUCUUCUUGGAAGAGCUGACAACCCUGGAGCUGACUGAGAAGAUUGCCAGCCUGUACAGCAUUCCCCCACAGCACAUCCACCGGGUCUAUCGACAGGGUCCUGCUGGUAUCCAUGUGGUGGUAAGCAAUGAGAUGGUUCAGAAUUUCCAAGAUGAGUCUUGUUUUAUCCUCAGCACGUUAAAAGCAGAAAGCAAUGACGGCUACCACAUCAUCCUGAAGUGUGGACUCUGAGCAGCAGCGCCUGCACAUGUCCCCUGCCCCAUGGACCUCUGGCUGUAGAAGGUGACCACUGUCAGCUACUGUCUCAUCUGAGAAGCUCAGACUAGGAGGGACUCUACCCAGACCAGGAAAGCUACAGACGACUGUGGACACAAAGUCUGGUGUACAGAAAGCCAGUGGUUCCCUUCUCCUUUCUUCUUGGCUUUUAGCUUUUUAACAGUUUCUUGUUCUGUUUCCUGGGCAGAGAGUGGGGACAUGCAUCUCUUAAACUCUGAGCCCUGCAGUUGGAGGGUCCUUUGAUGUCUUGGUCCUUCCUGUCUCCUCUUACCUCAACCUGAUCCUGCUUCUUCCUGAGUCACUCACUGGCUUUGUGGCUAGCUCUGCCAACUUCACAGGGACACCACACACACAGCUCUCCUCCUAAUACUGACUUCCCUUCUCAGGACCCUGGUAGUCACACCUCUCCUGUUCUUGGAUGAAUUGAUAGGACUGGAGCUAUUUAUUUUGUGCCUUCUAUUACUUUCUCAGUUGCCUUGUCUCCAAGGAUCUGCUACAUUCAAGCCCAUAGUCUCUGCAUUGACAUGGUAGAUGGCACAGUGUACCUAUGUGACCUCUCACAUAGGCUGCUGUGUAUUAGUUCCUUUUCUGUUGCUGUGAUGAGAGGUACUCUGACAAAGGCAACUUGAUGAAGAAAGGGCUUGUUUUGGCCUAGAGUUUUAUAGGGAUAGAAUAUUAUGGUGAGGCAGAUGCCGAACAGAAAGCUAGUUGAUCUCAUUUUCAUACACAUAAGAAGCACAGAGAGAGAAAGAGCAAGAACAGGAAAUGGUACAAGUCACCAAGGCCCACCAACCCCGGUGACAUACUUCCUUCAGCAAGACUGCGUAAGUCCCAUAACUCAGCAGACAACAUCACCAACUGGGACCACAUGUUCAAAUUCAUGAGCCUGUGGGACACACUUCUCAUUCAAGCCACACAUUUUGCCCAUGUGACCUCUCACAGUUGCUAGUUAGAGAUGAGAUGCUAGGGACUGGGAGAUGACAUGCAACUUCCUUACCAGCAGAGAGAGAUGAGAACAGAAUGAUCCCUCCUGGACUGCUACUGUGUAGUGUUAUUUCCUGUUGAGUAAAGAGUUCUAAGAGGCGAGGAUUCUGUUAUCCAGUGGCCUUGACUGUCCAUUCUAGACCGUUUGGGCUGGGGUAUGUCUCAGUAGAUCCCUCCCUGGCAAGUCUGAGGCCCUGGGCACCAUCCCAGUACCACGGCAUGCAGGGCUUACCAAAUUCCCUUUUCCAGACAACCUCAGCUAAGCACUGCUGUUUGCCACGUGGCCCAGGGGUAGUGCGUUUUCUUCAGUGCCCAGUUAAGAUUCUGUUUUCCCAACUGUAGGUGUAGAGCUAGGGUGCUUUGUCUUUGUUGGCAUGGUUGAAUCAGUCACCUUUCUUAACUCUGCGGGAAUUGAGGACCAGUAGCUAUGGUAGACCUGAGAAUUUGUCUUCACUUUGUCAGGCAUCUGUGACCACCCAACGCUUCAACCAAUUCUUUCCUAGUUCAAGUUUCCUCAAGUCAUGGUGGCUUACUUCUAGACUCAAAGAUUUGCCAAAGGUUUUGGCAAAUAAUAGGUUACAGGCAGAGAAACUACUUUCACAGCAAAGCUGGGCUCUCAGUUCCUUGUCGUUUGGGACGUGUGGGUGGGGUUGACAGCAUUAUUGAGAUGUUGGUGCUGUGAAUGUAUUGGCACAGGCUUUCGUGUGGACAGGGUUUCAUUUUGGGAAUGUGCCUGGUAGAAUAGACAGCCCCUAAGGUAACUUUUCACCUAUUGAGGAACUUUCCCACAUAGCUACACCUGUUUGCAUUACCACCAGCAAUGGAGGGUGGUUCUAGUUCCUCUGCCUCCUCAUCAACAUUUGCUGAGAUAUCUCAUUCUUGCCUGUCCUCCCUCCCUCCCUCUCCCUAUUCCUCCACCUCUCCCUUCUGUAUAGUUGAGCCUGGCCUCAAAGUCACUAAGUAGAAGAGGAUAAUUGAACUUCUGAUUCUCCUGCCUCUGCUUCCUAAGUGCUAAGAAUAUAAAAAAGUAUCUCCACACCUAAUUUAUGCAGCGCUGGGACAAAACCCAGGGCUUUGUGCUUGGUAGGCAAGAGCUCUCUACCUCCCUCGUGGUGACCUGUCUUUUAUUUACAAUCUCCUGCUGGUGUCAUGCAUAUCUCUGGCUAAUGAUGUUCAGUGUCUCUUCAUGUUUAUUGGCCAUUUGUAUAUCUUUGGGAAAAUGUCUGGUCAGGUCCUUUGCCCAUUUUUAAAUGGGGCUGUCUUUUCAUUGAGUUGUACAGGUUGUUGGUGAGUUCUAGGGGCAAGUCCUUCAUCAGUUUUUUCUCCGUUCUGUGGGCUCUUUGCCCUCUCAGUGCUUGAUGUUCCUUGGGGUGUACACGUUUCUAAGUUGGUUGUGCUUGGUAGUAUGAACCGGCACUCCCCGUACUCAGCCGCGGCUCCUAAGUCCAAGGCCAUCCCAGCCUACAUAGAAAGACCCAGUCUCAGAAACAGUUAUCAUCAUUAUUUAAUGUGUGUGAUGCCUGAGUUACCUUAGGUUGCUUGUGUUUUUUAUGUAGAUGCUAAGAAACCGUGACCCAAUGCAAACUCAGGAAAAUCUGUGCUUUCUUAGAAUUUAAAAAAAAAAAUGUUUAUUUUAUGUGCAUUGGUAUUUUGCACAUUGGUAUGUGUGUGUGAUGUGAUAUAUACACACAUACAGACCCCUGUGAGGGUGUUAGAUCCUCUGG